UCGAUUCUAGGCUUCAGUCAGUCGUGCGAGGAGCGGGACUCGCUAGGGUGGAAGGCUCGUUGCGACCGUUCUGGUCACCCUUGCCUCGGGACAGACUCCACCUGUUUAUCGUUCCGUCGCGUAAACCAACGAUAGACGCACCGUGUGAGACGCGAAACGCGGGCAGAAAUGUCGCCGACGUCGAUCAAGAGAAAGAAUCGCGGGCCGAUCGAACGAUACACGAGAUAAUCGUCGUUGAAAAGGGGUGGAUGGAGUGCCGGCAGCCUAACCAGUGAUUUCGGCGUGAUAAGCAGCUUAAUUGAUCAGGUUCGGCGGUCUGAUUGGAUUUGUGGUCGGGCCUGGAUUUAGCAUUAAGAAGGAUGGGUUGGACGCUGACCGUUCUUGGGGUGGCUUUAGCCAUUGUCGUUGUGGCUAGCGCCGCCCUGGCACUUUACAGAAGGAGGUAUUGCAUCAACUGGCAAUGGGGCGCUAGAAACAUUUGGAACAUCUGCGAGCAAUGGCGACAAAGGCUAUCGUGGUUAUGGGCGCCGCGAGAAGAAAAGGUUGGUUUAGUGAAAGCACAACAUCCAAUAGCCCAGACAAUUCCCGGCUUAUAUCGACAACCUGGAAAUGCAUCUCAACAUUUGCUUCACAGCGACAGCGACCUCAGACUCGACGCGCAAGGAGCUUUCACCAGAUUCGAACCGGUAGAUAGAGAUCUUCAUCCGCCUCUGGGCACUGCUACCGGCAGCACCAUACCACCGCAGCCUUUGAGACCAGCACCUCAACCAAGGCCAACUUCGCGUCCAAGGCCAUCUCCGCUUCAAACCUCCAGCACAGUAGACUACCUGAGAAUGCAAGAAGCUGGCCCGGCACCUUUGACACCGCCGCCGCCUUUGCAGAGAGCACCGAUUCCUUCGAGAUCGAACGGCCCGUCGAUCUUUCUUUUCCAGAGCGAGCCGGUGAAAAAUUAUGGUCUACAUCAAGCAUCGAACGACCACGGUUCGUUUAGAUUCGACGGCGAGAAACCGAACACCAUGACGAAUGAGAAUAUUCAGAUGACACCGUACGGCUCGCAAAAUCACAUCGACGCAAGACUGAGAUACGAAUUCGAGGAAGAACCGAGGAAAGAGCAGAAUAGGCACAAUCCUUACAGGCAAUUCGAUACCGGCCUCGAAUCGACAAGAAUUAGGUACGGUGUACAUGGUGUGCCUAUAGCUACGCUAGAUGGGAAAGGGGACGAGGACAACAACACGAGCUACGGCAGUUACGACAUCGUCCAAAGGAGUCACAUAAUACGGCAACAUGUCCGGAAUGAUUCGAGAGGCUCGCCAAGCAGUUUCGAUAUGACGAAUUCUUCGAAUGCCGCCAGCCAGACUAUCAUGGGAUCGAUAUACGGAUCCGAGGAACUAUCCAAGAUGCUUCGCGGCACUCAGAGUCUCGACAACGACCUCGAUCGUAAGACCAACGAGAUGCAAAGCAUCGAGAUGACGCCCUUUACAAGUUCCAGCAUUCAGGACGAUAUCAGCCCGUGCUACCUGUUUCACGAGAAUCAAGGGUUGCAAAAGGUCUCGCAGUAUAUUCAGAGCUUACCCGAUCUUCCUAUAUACGACUCGAUCAACGAGCUCGGACAUCACCGAGAUCAGGAUCGCAUCCUCUACGAUGAUACGAUUCAAACAUCGAUCAACACGUUGAAGGUCAACGGUGAGACAGCUUCCAGUCCGAUACCGCCGCCACCCGCGCCACCUGACCCACCGAAAGAUGUGCCAAAGAAGAACGGGCAGACAACCGGCGAAAGAAUAUUUAACGCUCUCAGAUUGGUCACGUCUCACAGCUACAUCGACGCCUCGGAAUUUUACAACUCGGUCGUAUCCUCGGCACAACAAGUUCAACGUUUCACCUUCCCAUCGAGAUCUCCGUCUUUGGUGGUGGAUGAUAACUCCACUACCAGGUUGCACGAUGAAGUUCAGGACAUCUACGCGGAGAACGAUUCCGAUGUGAUAGGCCCGGACGGCUCUAGGCGUAGCUCCGAUCUUUACAGUCCUGAACUCAAUUUAGAAGCGCAUAGAACCGCACAAGAGGUGUACAAUAGUUUACAAGAUCCACCGUCGUCGCCGUUGUUGGUUAAAGAUCACAGUCAAGAGGUUUACACGUAUAUGACUGAUCCCAGCUUCACGAGAACCUCAGAGGAUAUUUUAAACAGUAUCGAGCAAAGGAAAAAAAGUAUGGAGAGAUUGAACGGUAUCCACGAACUCAACGAACUCGAUGACGCUGAUUCGUUAAGAAAACGAAACAGUCACGACUUUUUUGUCGCACUGGAGGAAGCGCAAUUGAAGCGAAAGUUCUCACAGGCAUUCGUCACAAACUACACGAUGAACGAUUACAACGACAUCAAUCCCGGAUGUCGUCGUGGACCUCAGGGGCCGGAUCCGGAGCCACCGCCGGAUGAAUCGAACCUAAAAAGGGCAAUAAGCUGCGAAAGUGUAUGCUCGGAUACCAGUGUAGUGUUAAACGAUCUCGAAGAAGCACCUGUCGUCGGUCAUGUGUGCGUCGGUGUCCAGUACGACAGAUGGGGUGGCCGAGGUGCUGAUAGCGAGGGUGAUCUCGCGGUCAGCGUUCUCGAAGCCAGAGAUCUCGUCACCUCGGAUGGACAACCUGCUCAAGAUACCUUCGCCAGAGUUUGUCUGUUACCGAACAGAGAAUUACACGUGAAAACCCGGCUGUAUAGAGGCAGUCCGUCGCCCAGCUAUCAAGAGAACUUUUUGUUCCCUCUGGACGAUGGUCCCACCGGAAGAACUCUUCUCGUCGAAGUAUUUUCUGACGAGACCAGUAUAGGCGAUGGAACAUCCCUCAUCGGAGAAGCUAGGUUACGUCUAGGACCCGCCUCAAGAGCACCUGCAACUACGUGGUUACCACUUCUAGGAUCAGCUUUGCCCACGCCAAGACUUGGAGAGUUGAUGUUCUCUUUGAGUUACUUGCAAACGGCUGAAAGACUCACCUUGGUGGUUGUGAAGGCUAGAAAUUUACAUGGUGUCAGUGCCGUGCCCGGUGAUUUCUUCGUUAAGGUUUACUUGCUACAACAAGGCAAGAAGAUCCACAAGAAGAAGACAUCUGUGAAAAAGGGAGAAGAAAGUCCAAUCUUCAACGAGGCAAUUAUCUUUAACGUACCCAGUCAUAUUCUGCAGAACAUACAGAUAAGGCUAACCGUAGCGGAAGUAAACAAUGAACAGGGUGUAAAUUCGAAGCCGUACUCCGUCGGACACGUUAUCGUGGGACCUACGUCAGCAGGACGAGCAUUCGUCCAUUGGAGACAAAUGUUGGCUGCUCAAAGACGCCCUGUCGCCAUGUGGCAUCCGCUCAGAAAAUGAAAGGAUCGCGUAGGAUGUUGUUGGCAAAGCAAAUAUAUAAUAGAACGAAAAUCUGCACGGAUUUAAAGUAUACUGGGAGAACGGUAGGAUUACGUAGACACGGUGUUGUAGCGAGUCAUCCUGACAUUCGUCCGAGUUUUCAGCCGUUCACUUUUAAAAAGCAUUAGGUACUUUCCCAUGCUUCAACGAUUUUCUUUGAAAUUAGAGCAACAUUGCGAAUUACGAUAUAGAAAUUUCAAUCUUUCAAAUAGGACAAUUCUGAUAAGUAUUUUCGAUUUUCGAGGUCUUCCUAUUUUUGAGAAUAUUCCCAUUCAAGAGAAAAAACGAGCUCGAGAAGGAAACGAAGUUACGUUUUUUCCAAAUAGACCGUUCGAAACUGCGCGAUCUUUUAGAAUAACCCAAUAAUACACGAUAUUAAUUAAUAGUCUAUUUUCAUUGACAAAAAGAAUAUAGAAGAGAGAAACCUAGAUGAUUUUGUUGUUACGUUGCUCGACCUUCGAAAGAAACGAUCACGUACAAUUCGUUGGAUUUAUUGUAUAUAAAUUCAUGAAUUUACAGGGUGCUGACAAACUUAAGGCCUCAAUGCGAAAGAUUUUUUUAUUCACGUUACAGUUACUUGUAAGUAUUUUACCGAAUGUCCAGCUUUCUCUCUUUAACCGUUCUCCUCUAUGCUGUAACAAGGAAGCGCACUCAUAAACGUGUGGCGACACGUUGCAAACAGAAACAUGACAAUUCAACAAAAUCCUACAAUUCAUCGUUUUCGAUUUGAUGGUAUAAAAUUCUCAAUGUCAAACUCGUAUCCUAUUCUACAUGUACUAAGUGGAUGUACAUGAUAUGUUGUUUCGUCUAAUGAUAAGAUUCGAAUCGACGGCUCCGUGAUUAAAGCUCGCACGGUUUGCUCCAACGUGAUGAAUCACGACGCAAGGUUACCGUUAAAAUGCAAGGUAAACAAGCAAAAUUGUAAGAAACGCGAGAAUCAAUCGGGAUGUAACACGGAGCUGACAUCAAUCAUUUCAGACUGAUAUAUCGAUAUCAAAAGUCAUCGUCAAGCACAAAUCGCUGUAGGUUCUAAAUGAAUCCAUAUCGUUCUCCGUACCGUGUGUCCCUCCACGAGGAAGGUUCGAACGAACUUUGUGACGUGACCGCCAGGUUCUCGCUACGAGGCUCAAACAUUUGUAUCGAGAUACAAUCCUACACGGCCGGCGAAUGUCAAGAGCCAAGGAAUAUCCUUUUUGCCUUUAUUCGUCUGAUUCAUUGCACGAGUGAAUUAAACAACAAAUUGCAUACGAAAUUAUGCACGAACCAACCCGUACGAAUUAGCGAUGGCAUUAAAAAAACGUGUUUGCUCUUCUCUUCUUUCUCAGUAUUCUUUUCCUUUGCAAAGGAAUACACGUAUAAUUAAACCGAUACAUUUUUGACAAGCUUAAUCGAACCUUCCUUACGCGUAUAAAGAAAUGUCCACCAGAGACAUUAUUCUGUAUGUAUUCCGUAUGUACCUAUGUUGAUAUUAGUUAGAAUGCAGUUUAUUUCUUUUUCGAGAGAAAAACAACUACCCUUUUCCACGUCGGAUAAUCAUCGUGUUCUUUACACGCCAGGAUUAUUUGUCAGUUUUUGUACGAUACUUGUAAGAAAAAAGAAAACAUGUUUUCUUUUCCUUUUCCUUUUUUUUUUUUUCGCGCCUCUAUUCUGGCGUAUCGAUGUAAUCUUGUUCGUUGUUCGUUGAAUGACUGGCUACAUAAUUACAGAGGAAUAAAAGAAAUUGAAAACGAAAAACAAAAAACAAAAAAAAAAAAGAAAAAAAGAAAAAAGAAAGAAAAGGGCAAGUAAAAGAAACAAGAAAUGUUGCGCCGCAAUUAAAAGAUUCGUUGCGACGUUGAAAAAUUUAUGAACGAUGGAAGCUCUGUUUCAGGGUUUUAUCAAGAUGUAAAUGUUGUUGUUCCCAAUGAACUGUUAAUGUUUGUAAAGAGUUUAUUAACGACGUACUCGACGUGCAGAGCAUUCUUUUCCAAACGUGAACGAUCGAUCGCAAUUCUUGAUUAUAUUCUUCUCUCCUCUAACGACCAGCGAUCAUCCUUUUCAUAUUUCUUCUUCUUCUGUUCCUUCUUUCUUCUCGGACAGUCUGUCCAUCUCUUUUUGUUAUUUCAUUCCGACGAUCAAAUGGUUAACCUCGAUUCCUUUCUCCUCUUUCUUGUUCGCGUUCGCGUUCGCGUUCGCGACAGUACCUGGCACAUGAUCGAAAUACACCAUCUUCAAGCAAUGCUUAGUCGAUUCAAAUCUGUUGCCGGUUGUUUAUACGUGCACGGUACAGUUCAUAAAAGAAAUCUUACGUCGACUUGAUCCUACAAAAUUUGCACCAUUACGAUUCCAUCGAGCGUUCGAGGUUACGAUAAUACUCGAUUAUUCCUGACAUAAUUGGACGCGUUAUCAUUUGGUGGGAAUUAUUUGUGCGGAAUAUCAUUGAGAUUAGGAGAAGGUACGAAAACAAUUAUUCUUGUGAUUUGACAUGAAAAGUGAAUAUUUUAUUAAAAUGAUUUUCUUCGUCGUUAGUGUUAAUUGAUAUUAUCGUCGUGAUUGGAUGAUGCGUGCUGUUCGAAAUACAGAAGAAAGUUCAUGGAAAUGUUAAUUUAUAAUUGACGAUACGUUUAUAGAUCCGACAGAAAUGGAAAACCACGCGAUACUUCGACUAACGGGAUCGUUAACGCAAAUCGAACGAAUUAGAUAGCCUUUCGGACCUCAUAGUCUAUUCUACUAUACCUAUAAAUUUUGUACCUCUUCGUACACGAUAAAAUUUAACAAACCUAACUCUUCGUAUUACACGUACACAUUACGCAUACGCCACGUGUAUAUAUACAUAUAAAACAUCUAUAUAUAUGUAUAGUUACAUUACGAGAGAAUUUUACACUCUAUAUUAUACAUUUUUUGUCAUAAAUUGCCGACUAUUUAAAUCCAUACUUAUGAACUUAUUCAGGAUAUUUUCUAUCGCUAACUUACUAUGGGACUAAUAUCGCUGAACUCUCAUUAACUCCAUAACUAUAUUUGUAAAUUAUCCAUCGUGAACGAUAUGUAUCUCUGCAUCGUUUCAUACAAAGUGGUCAGCGAGAACGAUUCUGAUUAAUUAUUACGUGCAUACCUCGAUCUUCAAACUUGAACGGCUUUUAAUGCCGAUGAAAUUAACUAUCAACAAUCGACUCACGAAAAAAUAUUGAGUAUUUCUUCAUUCUUCAAAAUUCAAAAAAACCGUACAAAAUCAAGAGAGAGCAUUCGCGGAUAAAAGACCGAGUCAAAUCAAUCGAUUCCUCUUAUCCUUCAAAUACAACUCGUAGAUAGCUCUUAAUGAAAAGAAAAAAAAAAAAAAAAAAAAGGAAAAGAAAAGAAAAGACGAAAAAAAAGAACGAGAGAGAAAAGAAGGGAAGAAAAUGACUCGACGCGACGAAGCUAAAUCAAUUGGAUCGUCCUCGCGUACUCCACUUUGUACUCAUGAAACCGUACGUAGUACGUAUGUAUAAUCUGUAUACAUGUAAGUCAAAUUACCAUUCAAAACACUGUUGUAUAUCAGCACAAAACUGAUCUUUUAUUCUUAAUACCAACGUGGCGCACACGCGCCCGCACACACACGUAGGUGGAAUUGUUCACGUACGUCUGUCUGCGCCCGUGUACGCAUAUGUUACGGAUACGUAUUACUAAGUUUUACUGUUAAAAACUGGAAUACAUUGAACGUAUGGCGCAGAACGAUGAGACAGGGAGAGAACAAUAUUGAAGGCAUUCAAUAGCUUGCUUCUCGUUUACCAGAAUUUAGUUUUGUCAGGGGCUAGCUAUAGACGAAAUUAAGAGAAACAGAGCGAACGAGAAUAAAAGAGAGCGAGCGUAGAGUUGGAGCGGGAGCGCUAGAGGGACGGGGGGACAGAGAGAGAGAGAGAGAGAGAGAGAGUGAGAGUGACAGAGAGAGAGAGAGAAAGGAGCAUGCAAGAGACAAGAGAAAAUGAAAGUGAGAGAACGUGGACAAAGGAGAGAAUGUAAAGAGAACGCAAGGAAAGAAUAGCGUGAAAGAUAAGAUAAGAACGAACGAUCAUCGGAUAGGGGAAAGAAGGGAAAAAGGAGUGAUGAUGACAAUAAUAAUGCCAAUGCGAUUCGUACUGCAAACGAUACAGAGUUAACCACCUAAAUAAUAGAACUCGCCGAUAUGCAUACAUGUAUGUGUGUCUUAAAAUAAGUUUCAUUAGUUAUUCAAAGAGUACUUUCUUAUACUCUUGCUUAAUUACGCGCGAGUUCAAUUCAAUAUUUUACAUUGUUAAUAAGUUCUAUACACAGAAUGUUCUAUCUUGAAACAUUCGAUGUUUGUAUAAACGUUAUCAUUUAUUUUAUCACGCCGAUAUAAUAAUAUUUUCUCGCGGCACAGCUCGUAUCUUACGUUCUUUAGGAUAUUCUUGAUUUAUAUUCUAGAUAUUGUAUCGUUAAUCACGUAUAAAAUUUUUAUUAAUCAGAAAAUCAGGAUUCGCGAGGAAAGGAAUUACGAUGCCUUAUAAUUUAGAAAUCGCGAUCAGAAUUGUAGGACGAAUCGCAACGCGUAGCCGUUGCAUGAGCGUAUAUGAUUCAUACAAAAAUACUAUAAAGUUUAAAUUGUUUUAUAUUUUUGUUACGCCUCUCUGUGAUAUAAUAAGGGCACAUUCACCUCACCCUGUAUAUGCAUUGGUCUUUGUAUCUUAUCGACUAAGGUGAAACUUUAUGAAGAAUAAUCCUUGCCAAGCCCUUCCUAAUUAUAUUUCGGAUUAUGCUCGUGCGUACCGUCGCCAGAUUAAAAAACCGAAUCAAAAACCGUGCAAAUUUAAACGAUUAUAAAAACAUUCGAGCAAUUUGCUGACGCUAUCCUGUUUAAAUGAACUUAAGGGAAUUGUUAAAGCGUUUAUGUACUUCGACAGACGCUGAAUCGUUUAAAAUAACCAUAUAUGAAGUAUUAUUGGUAAUGAUUUUUUCAACGAUCCAUACCAAUAAAUGUUUUAAUUUACUAAUGAUUUUAAUAAUUAUUGUUUUAUCGAUGUGUUAAGGAAAGAACAGUUACAAAGAAAUUAAUUAAUCAAUUUAAUUAUUAAUUUCAUUUGCUAUUAUUCAGUUUACAGUAGAGGAGUAAACAGAACGAAUGUAAACGAAAGCUUAGCAAAAUCAAUUCCGAUAAAGUAAUUUUCAUUUAUUCUGCCUGCAAUUACUCGUUUCUAAACGAAAUCUAAAAAUAAAUUUUAUACCCAUAUAUCAUUAAAUAGUUCGAUUCGAUCGUGCGUGUGUAAUUUUGCUCUUCAGUUUUUACGAUCUCUUCAUGUUACAUUUAAAAGUAUAGAUUCAUUGAGCGGAAAAUGUAUAUGGAAAUUUGUAUAGAUUUAAAAUUAUUAAUUUUAAUAAUAGUAACAUAUCCCUUAAGAUAAUAAGGUACGUUCGAGCUUGUGCUUGUGAAAGGUAUAACGUGUAUCGUUACACAUUACAUUAUGCUAUAUUAAUUAUAAACAAACGAAAAACAACCUUACGCUAAAACCUGUGAAAAAAUAUAUUACAAAUGAAAAGGUUAAUCACUAUACACAAUCGUGUAAUGUAACAAGUACACGGUGAAUCACGUACUAUUAACUAUACAUACAUGAUCAUUGUUAAUCAUGGUUGCGAUUCUAUUUACACGAUUCGUUUACUGAAUAAAUUCCAAACAAAUAUAUUUAAAGUAACAACUAA